AUGUCUUUGAUGUCUUUGAGUUACGGUCAGGUAGCGCUUGUAGCCUUGGGCCUGUAUGCUUUCUACAUCGCCGCUCGAUGCAUCUACCUGCUGUUUUUCCACCCUCUACGCCACAUUCCUGGGCCCAAAUUGGUUGCGGUGACGGAAUGGGUGGAGAUAUAUUAUCAGUGCUUCAAGGGCCCUGGUGGGCAGUUCUUUAAGGAAUACACCAAGUGGCAUGAUAAAUAUGGACCCAUCAUCCGAAUCGCGCCCAACGAGGUGCACAUCCGGGACCCAACAUUCUACGACGUCCUCUACUCACAGUCACGUCACGUCGACAAACUGAAGCACCUAGCAGACCGUUUCAACAACGAGAUGUCAGGCUUCGCAACACCCGAGCACAACGUGCACCGGAUGCGCCGGUCCGCCAUCAACCCUUUCUUCUCCAAGCGGAGGAUUGCCCAGUACUCGCCGAACAUCCAACGGCGGAUGGACACACUCAUAGACAGGGUCAAGGCCGAGUAUGUUGGUAACGGUCGGAUUCUCAAUCUGAGUGACAUGUGGGCUGCCUUUGCGGGGGAUGUCGUCGUGGACUACACGUUUGAGAAGCCGUACGAUUUCAUCCAUGCGCCGGAUUUCCGUGCCGCGUUCUCUGAUGCUACAAUCGCCUUGAUGGACCCCCUCCACUGGAUAACCUUCUUCCCCUGGCCCUUCCGUAUCGCCAAAAUGCUCCCCGACCGCCUCGUCAAAGCCCUCUCCCCAACCAUGGGCGCCGUAAUCGACUACCAAGACGAAAUGAAAGACCAAAUCAUCCGCGCCAAAGCCGUGCACGCCCACGCCACCAACGAAAAAGCCGCCUUCCCAGACUCCCCCAACAACACCCAACAACAAUCCCUCUUCACCGCCCUCCUCGAAUCCGGUCUCCCCCCGGCCGAACUCUCCACCAAACGCCUCCAACAAGAAGCCCUCACCAUCACCACCGGCGGCAUGGAAACAACCAUGUACACCUUCUCCCGCUGCUGCUACUACGUCCUCUCCAACCCGGCCAUCCUCUCCAAACUCCGCGCCGAGCUCUUCACCGCUAUCCCCGACCCAACAACCCAGGGAGAACAAAUAACCAUGCCCCCCCUCGAAACCCUCGAACAACUCCCCUACCUCACCUGUGUCGUCACCGAAUCCCUGCGCUUCACCUACGGCAUCGUCGGCCGCUUCCCGCGCCUCUCCCCAACCCCCAUGAUCUACCAAGACCGCCGCCCGGGCAUCGCCACCAGCUCCAGCAAAGCCUACACCAUCCCCGUCGGGUGCAUAGUCAGCAUGGAUAACUUCGGCGUGUCCCACGACCCGUGGCUGUUUCCGGAACCAUUCACCUUCCGUCCGGAACGGUGGGAAGCCAGCGGUGCAGAUGAGAAGGACGGGCCGCGGGCGCCGGAUGGGAAGCCGUUGAGGUCGUAUAUUGUGUCAUUUGGGAAGGGGACUAGGAGUUGUGCGGGGAGGGAGCUGGCGUAUGCGGAUUUGUAUAUUGGGUUGGCGAAUUUCUUUAGGAGGUUUGAGUGUGAGUUGUUUGAGACGGGGAGGGAGGAGGUGGAGGUUGUGAGGGAUUGUUUUGUGGCCAGGCCGGCGGUGGGGGCGAAGGGGGUUCGGGCGAAGGUUUUGGGGGUUAUUUAG